AUGGAUACACACAUGUACUCAGGCAGAUCUAAAGACAGGAGAGCAGGUGAGCCGUACGGAGGUGAGCUUCCGGAGUUGUCCGGAGGGCGUGGAGAACACACUUGCGGACAGACGAAAGGUGAAGACGCAAUUGAGCUGUCGACGCGAACAGAUCCACAAAUUAUUCAGUUGGGUUGGGAUCGCGAAGUCGAGGAGGAGGAGGAAGAGGAG